AUGAAAGGUCUCCACUGGCGUUACACUCGGCUGCCCAGUCGGGUGGAGGAUGCUCUGUCUGUGGAGGAGGGUGAGGAAGAGGAGACAGCCCCGGCCCCAUUCUCAGCUCCUGUUCCUGAAGAUCCUGUGGAGCCCCAGCUGGCAGAAGCCAGCCAGGUUCUAGGAACCUCGGAGAUGAGGCAGCUCAGCCUCCACCUCCCCCCAAGAGUCACCGGACAUUCCUGGAGCCUGGCCUUCUGUACGUCAAGAAAUGGCUUCAGCCUGCGGAGCCUUUACAGGCAGAUGGAAGGCCACAGUGGGCCAGUGCUGCUGGUGCUGAGGGACCAGGAUGGGCAGAUGUUUGGGGCCUUCUCCUCCUCGGCUCUUCGACUCAGCAAAGGCUUCUAUGGUACUGGAGAGACAUUCCUCUUCUCCUUCUCCCCACAGCUGAAGGUCUUCAAGUGGACAGGAAGGAAUUCUUUCUUUGUGAAAGGAGACUUGGAUUCACUGAUGAUGGGCAGUGGCAGUGGCCAGUUUGGACUGUGGUUGGAUGGAGACUUGUAUCACGGCGGAAGCCACCCCUGUGCAACCUUCAACAAUGAGGUGUUGGCCCGGCGAGAGCAGUUCUGCAUCAAGGAACUGGAGGCCUGGGUCCUGAGCGGAUGCCCCCAUCGUGGGAAGCUUCCUGAAGCAACCAGUGCUCACACUUGCUCAUGA